AUGACCUCCGCUCAAGACAUUCGUCCUCGUAAGGACGAACUGGCCGCUCAGGCUCAGUACUUCUCGACCUCCCCCAAUGCUUCCUUCCACUCCCCCUCCAGCCACGGCUCAGCACUCACCCGCACAAUUCCUCUACCCAAUGCGAAGCACCUGAAGCCAUUCGCCACUGAGGACAUCAAGGUCCUGCUGCUGGAGAAUGUCAACCAGACUGGCCGUGACAUCCUGUCACAACAGGGAUACCAGGUUGAAUUCCUCAAGUCUUCGCUGUCUGAGGAUCAGCUGAUUGAGAAGAUCCGUGACGUCCACGUCAUCGGCAUCCGCUCCAAAACCAAGCUCUCCGCCCGCGUCCUCAAAGAAGCCAAAAACCUCAUCGUAAUCGGCUGCUUCUGCAUCGGCACAAACCAAGUCGACCUCCAAUAUGCCGCCGACCACGGCAUCGCAGUCUUCAACUCCCCCUUCAGCAACUCCCGCAGUGUCGCCGAGCUAGUCAUUGCCGAAAUUAUCGUCCUAGCCCGCCAACUCGGCGACCGCUCCAACGAAAUGCACGCCGGAACCUGGAACAAAGUCAGCAACGGCUGCUGGGAGAUUCGCGGCAAGACGCUCGGAAUUAUCGGAUACGGACACAUUGGCGCCCAACUCUCCGUUCUGGCCGAGUCAAUGGGUCUAUCCGUCAUCUUCUACGACGUCGUCAACCUGAUGGCGCUGGGUAGUGCCCGCCAAAUCGGUACUAUGGAAGAAUUCCUUUCCGAAGCGGAUUUCGUAUCCUGCCACGUCCCCGAACUCCCCGAAACAAAGGGCAUGAUUGGAGCUAAGCAAUUCGAACAAAUGAAGAAGGGCUCCUAUCUCAUCAACGCCAGCCGUGGUACAGUCGUCGAUAUCCCGGCCCUCAUUGACGCCAUGCGCAGUGGUAAAAUCGCCGGUGCCGCAUUGGACGUUUAUCCCAACGAGCCCGCCGGUAAUGGCGAUUACUUCAACAGCGAGCUUAACAGCUGGGGCGCUGAUCUGCGCUCGUUGAAGAACCUCAUUCUGAGCCCCCACAUUGGCGGGUCUACUGAGGAGGCGCAGAGUGCUAUUGGCGUUGAGGUGGCGCAGGCUCUGACCCGAUAUGUAAAUGAGGGUACUACCCUCGGUGCGGUCAAUUUGCCUGAGGUUGCGCUUCGUUCUUUGACGAUGGAUGAGCCGGAUCAUGCGCGUGUUAUCUAUAUUCAUCAGAAUAUUCCUGGUGUCCUGCGUAAGGUCAAUGAGAUUAUUGGCGAUCACAAUGUUGAUAAGCAGAUGACUGAUAGCAGAGGUGAUGUCGCCUACCUGAUGGCUGAUAUCAGCAACGUCAACACAACCCAAAUUAAGGACCUAUACACCAGCCUCGAGAGCCUUCCUUCCCGCAUCCAAACCCGCAUCUUGUACUAG